AUGUCUUCCACAACCAUCGUCUUUAUUACAGGUGCAAACACUGGGAUCGGAUUAGAGGUUGUCAAGGCUUUGCUCCAGUCGCAAAAGGCGUAUACCAUCCUUCUCGGUGGGCGCAGCAUAGACAAAGCCAAUGCUGCUGUCAAAGACGUACAAGCACAGUUUCCUGAUAGCUCAAGCACCGUCACCUCGAUACAAAUAGAUAUCGAAGAUGACAACUCCAUAUCUCAAGCAUACGACCGCAUUUCCAAGGAAUAUGGGCGUCUGGACGUGUUGGUGAACAAUGCAGGCGCCGCAUUCGACGGCCAAGUCAUGGAAGGCAAACUCAGCAUGCGGGAAAUGUGGAAUAAGUCAUGGGCGCUGAACACGACCAGCACACACAUCAUGACCCAUACAUUUAUUCCACUGCUCCUAAAAUCAUCUGACCCACGGCUUCUUUUCGUGACCAGCGGCACCUCCACCAUGGCCGAAAGCGAAGAUCUGUCAGUUCCCAUCAACCACUCUCCAGCCAAGGGAUGGCCCAAGCAGGGCUUCAGUGUCGCGGCCUACCGCUCCAGCAAAACUGGCAUGAACAUGAUGAUGCGUGACUGGGUCCGCGUACUCAAAGAGGACGGCGUCAAGAUCUGGGCGAUCUCGCCAGGAUAUCUAGCGACGGGGUUGGGCGGCUCACAGGAGAGGAAUAAAAAGGCCGGAGCCGGGGACCCUGCGUUGGGCGGGACUUUUAUUCGCGAUGUUGUUGAAGGUACAAGAGACGCGGAUGUGGGAAAGGUCGUUCGUCGGAGUGGUGUGCAACCAUGGUAG